AUGAGCAGGAUACGGCUGGUGCUGGAGGUUCGGGGUCCGGCAAGGAUGUCGAUGAGCAGGACGGGGCUGGUGCUGGAGGUUCGGGGUCUGGCAAUACGGGCGCGAGGUAAGGGUAAACAGAAGCAAUCGGCUCCUGCCAGUCCAAGCAAGACAAAACGAGCGAGGAGGGUAUCUGGAGCUGGAGGCAAGACCGUCAGGAGCAAUAAAAAGGUCGAUAAAGCUAUUGUCGAAAGCGAGUCAGCUGUCCAGACGCUCGAGGACAUGCUCGCUGCACGUGCUGACGCUGCUGGCCCCGCCAUCAAGUUCCAGAUGAUAGCCAGCGAAGCUCACAUGGGUCUCGCUAUGCUUUACGUUGGGGCGGGUCCGAUAAUGGGAAAGGAUGCCGCAAAGUUCGACGAAGUGGAUAGCUUCGCGCAGUCGGCGAUCUACCAAUGGGUUAAAAACGACGAUGAGAGACACUUCAAAGGUGUCAUCCCCUUUUCCCUUCGCCAAUUCAACCUUCGCGGUAUCGAUCAGUCCGUCUUCGACGACCUCUACAACAAGGGCAAGGAGCUCCUUACCCAAUCCCCAGAGCACGCCAUCAUCAUUGCACUACCCGGGCGCAUCGUCAACAAAGAGAAGUCAUUCCCCUCCCCCACUAGCGCCAAUCCCCACAAGGUCAAGCAGCUCGUACUCAACUUGGAAGAGCUCGCCAAGCUGAAGGAAGAGAACCCGGAAGCCGUUAUCUACCUCGUCAACGGCGCUCAUCGAGUAGAGGUCACUCAAGCGCUUAUGAAGGCCUCGCGCGAGAGUUGGGGUAAGCUUUUGGUCACGGCGUCCAACGUCAAGGACUCGCAGGAGAAGAAGAAGACAUUGGACCAGAUUCGUAGCCUGACCCAGCUUUUGGAGCAGGCUGGGAGUUGGUGUGCGAGAGUUUACGAUUUGGACAAGAUCAACGCAUCGGGCCAUGGCGAGGAAGUUUUGCGAACGUUGGCCUCUAACCCCGACUUUGCGUCUUCCCCUGACCGACCUUUGGACAUCGUCGAGAACAUCGUUUCUGUCCUCAUCCCUCACGGCGUCAACCACACGCUAUGGGGGAAGCAGCUCCCCUACCUCCCGGACCAUCGACUCGUCACCCAGUACGCGAAAGACGACAAAACUCUUGAAGUCGUCGUCCACCUCUUCGCGAGCAAGGCCCACACCCACAUCAAGGAUACGAAACUGACGCUGGGCUUUAUGGAAAAUGUCGCUGACCUCCCUGGGACGAUCAUCAUCCCUACCCUCCACACUAUGCUGCGAGCAACGUCGUGGCUUGCCGCUCCGUUGUCGGUUGUCCCCCCCAACACCGAAUACGACCCCGCCUUUGCCCAGCUCGACUUCAACAUCUUCGGCCAACCUUUCUGGGAAGUCGUGAAGGAAAAGUACGAAGAAUUCCUCGCCCCUCACUUUAUCUCUUUCGCUACGCCCCCCGACCGUUUGCCCCAAAACUCUGCGCUUUGGAACGCCGCGCUCCAGUCGUUCUACGCCGCCAUCAUUGGCUACUUUGAGGAGGAGGUGAAUAGAACGGACGAGGAGAAGGAGACGGGGGACGAGGUCGCGAACUCUGACCUUAUUCGAGUUCUCCCCGACCGACUUCGCAAGAUCCAAGCGUCCAUCGCCAACCCGGAACGUGGCGAGUGGGGCUUGCCGAUCUACGUGCCCCAGUUCGCUAUGCGACUCGUCGAGCUUCUGGCGUCUCGCUCAGAGGCCAUUCGCAUGAUCGUCGCUUUGAUUGACCCUGGGUUCCUGAUGGAGGUCCACGGGAACUCUGGGUACGAGUAUCGUCUCGAAGAUGUCGCGAGAUGGAUUGCGACGUAUCCACCCGAAGGCUGCACGAGCCCUGCCGACCUCGUCAAGGACGAUUGUUCUGACGCUAUUCUUGAAGGGAUUCGCCGUGUCGUUCUCCGCUCGAUGAACACGGUCUUGGUCGAAUGGACGAAGCAGAAGAGUCACACUUGGGAGUGGCUCGCUCCUGGGGCGCCAAUCGCGAGCAGCAUCACGAAGCUCAGCAAGAAGAAGACGUAUAAAAAGGAGGCACAGGAGGCGUGCAAGUAUCUGACGUCUAUUCUUCGACAAUACGCGAUCCACCAAGCGAACGAGGAACACAAGCAUCGCAGGCAGUACCCCGAAAUCGACGCAGCCCUCAAGAUUCGAAAUGGCACCUUCUAUCCCGUCUCUGCCAAGUCGGUCCAGGGAAUCGCCCAGAAGACCAGGGACGAGCACAUGGAUUACCCUGAAGCGUGGUCCCACUACUACCGGUUUGUCGAAGUCGCGCUCACUCGAUCCGGUCGGCCUUGGAUGUCUCCUGGUGGUCAUUCGAACGGUGCUCACUACCAGAGGGCUGCGUCGGCGAGCGGUGCGGUGUGGAAGAUCUUGGUCUGCCUGCCCAAGCUCGUCGAGAUGCUCAAGGCCGACGCCGUCACCUUCAACGUCUACCGCGAGCUCCGAACGACGAUCCACGCCCACCGCGACAAGUGGAUCCCCUGGCACGGCAUCAACGACGCUGACCAUUCCCCCACCGGCGAAUCGCUCGAGAAGUUUGCGAAGAACAAGGUCACAGACUUCCAGCACGCGACCGAUCUCGAGUCGCUCAUCCAGUACCAGCGCGCCGAGAUGACACGGUACUACCAAGUCUUGACGCGCUCGUUUGCCAUCGCCUACACCAUCAGCGUCGAAGAAAACGGCAAGCACGUCCAGAAGACGUUUAGUCGCAUCCCCUCGUCUAGCUACACAGCGUACGUCGAGGCGCUCAGGGUACGUGGUUUCUAUUCUGGCUCUGUGGUUGAAACCAUGCUGACGAUUGUGAUGGUUUCCAUUCCCCUUUCGUUUUUGAAACCAACGCCCUUGCUCCACCAGCAUGCAUGCUACAUGCGCAUGCUUGAGCGCAAGCGCUUCACCAAGGUGCUCAUGGAGGACGGUAACGAGCUGAGGCCAGGACUCAGCAAUCUUUCCUUCCUCGACGACGUCUUACCGAAGGAGUUCGGAAUCACCGUUCCGAAGGAGAUGUCCGACUUUUUCAUGGACGUCGACGCCGUCAAGCUCGCCAUCCGACCUUACAGCGACGAGGAGAAGAUGAAGAUGCUGAUGGGCCAGGGUCCGGCUGCGCCCGUCCGUUCAAGCCGCGUUGGUGUCGCCGUCCCUAUCCCUGGCGCGCCUAACGUCGAGGUCAAGGCUCCAGAGCCCAAGGGGAAGGAGAAGGCGGCUGCGACUCUCCCAGCUGGCGGAAUCAACCUUGACGCGCCGGACCAACCGACUCCUACCUCUUCAUCGUCUUCACAACCUCUUCGAGCUAAGCUACACCCUAUGGACGUCGAUGGUCUGGAAACGGCGCGUAAGGGGGAACAAGAGGAAUCCGACAGCGACAGCGACAACGACGACAGCGAGGACGACGACAGCGAGGACGAGGACGCCGAUGCCGACGCCGAGGAUGACGAAAUGGACGUUGAUCAAGACUAG